AUGAUGCUGAUAAUAAGAGACACGAAGGAAAACGCGUGCAAAUGGAUCUCGUCCUACAUGGUGAAGAAAAUCAACGAGUUCAAACCGAACCAAAACAAGUACUACAUAAUCGGAUUCUGCUUGGGCGAGAGCACCAUUAACGUUCUCCACUCGCUGGUGGACGCCUUCUUCAGGGACUCCAUCUCCUUCCGCUACAUCAAGCUGUUCGUGCUCGAAGAGUACGUCAACCUGCCGGAGAACCACCCGAGGAGCAACCACUACCUCAUGUGGCGACACCUCUUCCGCCACGUGGACAUCCAGCCGGCCAACGUGUUCAUACCCAACGGCAACGUCAAGGACCUGAUCACCGAGUGCCACGACUUCGAGGAGAACAUCACCAAGAGCGGCGGCUUGAACAUGGUCAUCGGCGAGGCCACCUCCGACGGGCAGCUCAGCUACAACGAACCCGCCUCUUCUUUGGGUUCCAGGACCAGGGUGAAGAGUCUGGCGCAAGGGAAAAUCGAUGAGAAAGCCAAGUACUUUGAUGGCGUGGAGAAUGUACCCAGGACGGCCAUCAGCGCGGGGAUUAAGACCAUCAUGGACGCGCAAAUUGUGAUAAUAUGUGCCACGGGUUUCGAUAGGUCCAUGGCGAUUUACAAGGCUAUGGAGGAAGGCAUCAAUCACAUGGUGGUCUUGUCAGCUUUCCAGAAACAUCCCAAAACUGUACUGGUAUGCGACAAAGCUGCUACAAUAGAUUUGAAAGCUAGGACAAUAGAAUAUUUUAAUUCCCUUGAAGAUUUAAUAGAAUCAAAAGAAGGUCAUUAG